AUGUAUCAAUUUCUAGAUGAAAUAAGAACAGCGCGGGGCCCAAAAAUGUCGUUAAAGAAACAGAGAACUCUUUUAAAAACGAACGAAACUAUUUAUCAUGAUAAAGUACCUAUAUCUACGCGAUUCUAUCUUCAGCUAUUGAAGAAAAGUCAAUUCUUACCACAAUUUACUGAGAACGAAAGUUACGACUAUGCGUCGGAAAGUGAAAAAGCCGUAAAUUCACCGGAACUUGGUAAAAAAAGUUCGAAUCAUAAACGCGAAGUUGAUAAAUCCACGUAUAAUCUAAGAUCGACCGAAUCGAAAACAGAACGGAAGGUUUUUAGUGAAAAAAGGCGUAGGCGAAGGAAAAGGAAUGUACCAGCCGUAGAUUCAGCCCUUGCUUUACCAGAGACAAAGCAGGCCGAAAAAAAAGUUAACAAAGAGCCAUUGGCGCCAAUUAUAGAGGAAAUAAAAAGUAGAGAACCUUUGAAGAGUGUAUUCAAAGGCGGAUCUGCAAUUGAUAAAAUUGCUGAAAAAUUGAAGAGCUUAGUUCGAAAUAAUGCGGAAGAAAAACUAAAUAAAGAGCUCUUGUACUGCAGGGAAUCUUUUGAUAAGGAGAACUUUAUGGAAAUUAACGAAAAAGAUAAUGAAUUUGACCCUAUAAAAGAUAACGAAGAGCGCCGUCGUCCAAACCACGUGUGUACGUACUGUGGGAAAAGCUUCGACCGGCCCUGGGUGCUAAAGGGUCACCUGCGACUGCAUACUGGGGAACGGCCCUUUCCCUGUCCGUAUCCGCAUUGUGGCAGGACGUUUGCUGAUCGUUCGAAUCUCCGAGCGCACCAGCGCACACGUGGCCACCAUUCCUGGCAAUGGCGCUGCCAGCAAUGCGGCAAGGCGUUCAGCCAGAACCGAUACCUGGAGAGACAUAGAGCUGAUGCGUGUAGGAAGUAUAAGUGA